AUGGACAACAACUUGUGGGUGGGCUCUUGGCGGCCCCACCGCCCCCGGGGCCCUAUUGCAGCACUCUACACUGGUCCUGGGCCCAAGUACCAGCUGCCCCCGAGCACCGGUUACAAGAUGCACGACCCAUCCCGUUUCCGGGCACCUGCCUACACAUUCGGCACCAAGAUCCCCCCACACAACGUGACGUGUGGCCCCGGCCCUGGGCACCUCAUCCCGCAGCGCAUGACAGUUCGGGGCCCCGACGGCGGGCCGGCCUUCUCCAUCUACGGGCGGCCCCGAGAUUGCCGCCUGUUUCGCACUCCGGGCCCUGGUCGCUACUUUCCAGAACGGGCCACCCACCUCACAUUUCCCAAAGCCCCCGGGCACUCUAUGGCCGGCCGUAUCAAAAACUUUCAGGAGGACCGGACCCCCGGCCCGGCGGCCUACACGGUUCCCCCGCUCCUCGGCUGCCGUCUGAUCCAUAAGGUUUCGGCUCCCACUUACUCCAUCUGUGGCCGAAGUGCUGUGGGCAGCUUCUGCCAAGACCUGAGCAAGACCCCGGGCCCCUGUGCUUAUCACGAGGUGAAUCCCGGUGUGUACAAGACCAAGGCACCACAGUAUACGAUGCAGCCCCGCACUUCCCUGCCGCAAGACAACACGGUGAAGCCUGGUCCAGCAGCUUACCAUCCUCACAAGGUGGGGGCUGGGAAUCUCAAGCUGAGGUAUCGCCAAGCGCCUGGUCCCUCUUUCGGGAUCCGCCACUCUGAAUACGAGGCCCCGCUUAUCGUGGAACCGCAGGAUUAA